CUGAACCAUCUUUUUAGGGGUUAUCGGCCUUCGUUUCGAUUUUCUGUACUCGCGCCGUUUUUGUUUCUAGGGUUACUGCUCUCUGAAAUCUCCGACUGCGAAGAACACUAGAAGGGUAUUUUACACUUCUGAUACAAUGGCGCUGGGGAUGAUGAAACCUGUGAAGCCUGGUCUAGAAGCUCCGCAUGAGGAACUCCAUAGGAUUAGGAUUACUCUUUCAUCCAAGAAUGUAAAAAAUCUCGAGAAAGUUUGUGCUGAUCUUGUGAAUGGUGCAAAGAACAAAAGUCUGAAAGUCAAGGGUCCAGUACGGAUGCCAACAAAAGUUUUGCUCAUCACCACGAGAAAAUCUCCUUGUGGAGAAGGGACAAACACUUGGGAUCGAUUUGAGCUCCGUGUCCACAAGAGAGUAAUUGAUCUUGUGAGUUCAUCCGAGGUUGUGAAGCAGAUCACGUCAAUCACAAUAGAACCUGGUGUUGAGGUUGAGGUCACAAUUGCAGAUCCCUGAGCGAUACUAUGACUAGAUACUUUUUCAAUUUUGUAGGCUGAAGAAGGAACUAAUUUUAGAGUUAAAAAAUGACUUCUCCCGAAUCAUUAUUUUUGGUAACAAUGCAAGAACUGGCUUUUAUUUU